AUGCCUUCUAACGAUGCUAUGAUUAGUCGUGUCUGCCGCACCUUCAGCGAUGCCUUUGCGAAGGAUGAGGCGACGGCACGCGAGCAGGGAAAGAAGUAUUGGAUCACCCGCGUGCUGGGCUCCGGCGCCACGGGCACUGUCCUCUGCGGGAAGCGGGUGUCGGACGGGGAGUCCUUCGCAGUGAAGGUGGUGGACAUGGAGGGCAUGUCGGAGGCCGACAAGAACCGUGCCCAGGCAGAGGUCCACUGUCUGCUGAGCUGCGAUUUCUUUUCCAUUCUUAAGUGUCACGAGGACUUUGCAAAGAAGGAUCCGAAGAAUGAGGAGAAUGUGCUGAUGAUAGCA